CCGAACACCCACGCCGUUGUCUGCGCUCAGCCACCAUGCAUCUCAUGUACACGCUUGAUGAGAACGGCAACAGGGAGUAUACCCUCAAGAAAAUCACAGACUCGGGCAAGAUCACCAAGUCUGCUCACCCAGCGAGGUUCUCGCCUGACGACAAGUUCUCGCGACACCGCGUGACGAUCAAAAAACGUUAUGGCAUUCUGUUGACCCAGCUACCCUGCAAGCCGAUGUAGACCGGGUCCAGGACACACGUGGACGCACAUCGGGCAGUCCCGCUGCUCCCCGCCAUUCACUCAUCGUGGCGACGCAGCGACAUAGUCGCAUGACGGUCAUUUUGAUACCCAAUGGAGUUCCACUCCGCAGUGCGCAGGCGGCCUACCGGGGACGGGGCUAUAGAUGAUUGUAUGAUGAAGACGUUCAGUUGUAUUGGUUGUAUCUGCCAGUGUUUGAUGAGUAUCUGAUGCCGCACUACUGAAGCUACAUGGCUUAUUCUUGGACCUCAUAUAAAUAUGGUAGUGUCUACUGCCGCGCCUGUCCGUAGCGAAUCAGCGCUUCAACUUCGUGCACGCUUGUCAGGUCAUGUCGCUGCUUCUCGCGCUGAGAAACCCAUCUGCAUGCCCAGGAAGAGGCGGCUUUUUGCAUUCCGUUUCGCAUCCGAGAUAGUUACUCGCGUUCCUGGAUAACUGAAUGUGCAUCAAUGCAAAGAAUCUGCU